UGAUCUUUCUUCGCAGAAGAAAGAUAAAACUCUUUCUACCCAUUGUUCCAUCUUCUCUCUUUCGUUUCGUUCCCCCAUCUCUUCGUAUAUAUACUUAUUUUGUAAAGCUAGCUAGCUAGGCCGAUCUAAAGCCAAUAUUUCACAAAAUAAGUAUAUAUAUAUAUAUAUCUGCUUAUACGUACGUACCAGCUUAUACGUAUAAUACACGUAAAUUAGCCGUUCCGGUUGUUACACAGAAAAGAAGUCAUGGGUUUCCUUCACAAGCUUUGGGACGAAACACUUGCCGGUCCGGCACCCGACACCGGCCUCGGCAAACUGCGCAAGUAUGAUUCAUUUUCAGCCACACGAUCGACUCCUAUGGUAGCCAAUGAGGUGCCUGUCACUCGGAGCAUUACCAUUCUUAGGUCUAACCCCAAUUUUAGAAACCUUUCGGUUGAUCCUGGUUCGGCACCAGAAUCUCCGGCCGGGACAAGCAACCCUGAGACACCUCUAACACCGGGGACACCAGUCGGAGACUUCAAGAAACUUACGAGGAGAAAAUCGUCAGCCGGGGCAUUAGAUCAACAGGCUGAGUCAAGAAGAUAGUGAUUACGGCUUUGGAUCGUUGAGGGAGCAAGUGGCGAUUUUGUUUCAGCUUUCAAGCAGCAGCAGAAAUAUCAUAUGAUCAUGUGUAUAUAUAUAUAUAUAUAUAAUAUUUGUACAUAUAUAUAGAGAGAGAGCCCUACCCCUAGCCAUAUAUAUGGCUAUAUAAUAUGGUCUCUUAUAUAUGCGUCUACAUGUAAAUAUAACAAAUUAUUAAUUAGAUUAGUACUAAAAUAUAUAUAUAUAUAUAUAUAAAAUAAAAUGGAUGGCUUGGAUGAAGAAUAUUCGAAGAAAUUAAUUAAUAGAACCAAUGCUUUGGAGUUUCCAAUUAGGAGGAAAUUAAGCCGUGUUCGAGGGCAUGCAUGGGGAUACCCGGCUUUGUUAAUGAAGCUGCCUAAUGAACCGAUGCUUUGGGGUGACCGAGAUUUGGAGGCUCGUUAUUAUUGUUUUCUUUGCUUAAUUUCUUCAUUAAUUUUCCCCUUCCUGAGCCUGCAGUACUCAUGCAAGUUGAUCUGUGCGUGAUCUCUUUGUGUAAAUAUGAACUGUGUUUUGAAUCCUCUCUCAAUGCAGAAACUCUAAAUGGAGAUGAAAGUUAAUAUUUUAUGUACUAUAUAUAUAUAUAUAUAUAUCCUCAAUUGGUCUGA